GGCCCCCCGAUAUUGGAGGCGGGCGAUCGUUCAUUUCCAUGCAGCGACGCAUUGGACAAAAGAAGUCGACCUGCUGUCUGUUUUGUGUUCCGUCACUCCCUCUUCCCACCUCCACGGCUACGGUCUUUACUUGGUGAAACUUCCACCCGCCAAUUGGUUACCGGUAGUGACGUCGUAUACCUUACAAGUACAGUAGAAUGGAGGACGACAACAGAAUCUCCAUCACCGUCUGCGGCGACGGUGGCUGCGGCAAAUCCUCGAUUACUCUGCGCCUCGUCCGCAGCGCGUGGACAAACGACUACGACCCCACCAUCGAAGACUCGUACAGCGUCACGCGCACCGUCGACGGCCAGACCUACUACCUUGCCCUCACCGACACGGCCGGCCAGGAAGAGUACCGCAGCCUGUGGGCCGCCUCGAACCUGCGCAGCGAUGCCUUCCUCCUCGUCUACGACAUCACCAACACGUCGUCGCUCGAAUCCCUCGACUACUUCAUGGAAAUGAUCGACAUGGAAACCGACCGACGCUACGACACGGGCGCCGUCCCGCCGGUUAGGAUCGUCGCCGGCAACAAGUGCGACCUCAAGGCCGCGCGCCAGAUCAAGAGCCAGGACGGCUUGGAGUGGGCGCGGAGCAAGCAAUGCGGUUUCAUGGAGACGAGCGCGCGCGAGAUGGUCAACAUUGAGGAGACGUUUGCGCUGCUGGUGCAGAGAGUCGUCGAAGCCAGGAAACUGCACGCUUCGGGUGGUGCAUCGGCAGCGGGGCAGACGCAACCACUCGGGUCUUCUGAGAAGCUGCCGCACUCGCGCAGCAGCCACGGCGGCUUACGGCGCAAGCGCAAUUUCUGGGCCAGGCUCAAGUGCUGGUAG